GGACAGUACGACUUUUUCCCUUCGUUUAACAAUCUGAUCGUCUCGUUCCCCUUCUCUCUCCCCCCGCCACCGCCGCCGCCGCCGCCGCCGCCGCCGCAAACAGUACUGUGCGUUGCAUAUCGCGGUGAUGGCAAGGAGUUGGCCCUCGCUCUUCUAAACGGUGAUAUAGUCUUCUACGAUCCCAUUGAGGGUGUGGAGAAGGGGACGAUAAGCGGACAGCGCGAUCUUGGGGUCAGUCAGACCACUGAACAAGAUCUGGUGACACCGAAACGUUCGGCCCAAGCCAAGCGAUUUCAAACUAUCACGUAUUCUGCAGAUGGUGAACACUUACUUGCAGCCGGCGAUUCAAAGUAUAUUUGUCUAUACUCCGUACCGGAUAAAGUCCUACUCAAACGGUUCGAAAUCACCUGCAAUAUGUCAUUGGGCGGUGUACAGGAAGUGCACGAUCGACGGCGUUUUCUGGCCACCCACAGCUCUGAAGCUAUUCAAUCACGUAUACUGGACAAAACUAGUCUACCCAUACCAGCUUCUCGUCAUGGUGUGGAUCGAAGCAGUCGUCAAUGGAAACCGGAUGUUCGUGUCUCAUCAGUUCAAUUCUCACCGACAGGGGACGCAUUCGCGGCUACCACGACAGAGGGCGUUCUGGUCUACUCACUCGCCUCGGCCGGUUCCGGUUUUGGGCUGUCUAGCCAUUUCGGAUAUUCGCACGAUCAACCGGGUUCAUGGCUUUUCGAAUCUGUCGGUUUAGAUGAGAGCUGCACUCCACAAAACGCCCGUGCAGCUCUAGCCGAUGCACGGUAUAGCGAAGCUUUGGACAUUGCCGUUCGUCUGCGAUUACACGAUCUAGUGGAGGAAAUAAUCGAGGGUAUUCCCUCUGAUCAAGUCGACUACCUGGCUCGACAAUGUCCCAUUCAUCAGGUUGCUCAAUUUCUGUUCCCCUUUCUGGCUCGCCAAUUGGGCGGGCGCUCACGUCACGUGGAAUUCUAUGUUCACUGGGCCGAUGCGCUGUUGCGAGCACAUGCUUUGACUCUGCGUCGGGGUGCGGCAGUCUGGGCAUUAUCUUCUAGCAAGCUGACCAAUCCGGUGGAUCANGGAGCUGCAAAAUCCGGGCAUUCUCAUGGAACGAGGGGAGUGGGCUGCCUGCCAGGCCAGUUUGAUUCGACUGCAAACCAGUCUGAAUCGUGUCAAGGCGAACGUGAUUCAGAGGUAUUUGGGUCGUUAUUCCGUGCACACUAA